AGUUGGUUGUCCCAAAAAGAAAAGGAAAAAAAUAAAAUCUCCACCGCUUUGAGAGAAAAAAGUGGGGAGAGGAGAGAGAGAGAUUGAGACAACGCACCAACUGUUGCGGCUCAAAGAGAUCUCGAUCGGGAUCCACUCGACGGAGAUAGAGAGCUACGGAUAUGGGAUCUCGGCUACUUCACUGUUACUUCCGUUUCGUCUUCUACUGUCACUCCCACAACUGCUGCAACUAUUUUCCUUGAUUGUUUCUUCCUCGGCGUUUCACUUUGAAACUUACAAUACACUCUCGCUCUCGCUCUCUCUCUCAGGGAUUUAAAUCUUCACGUUGUCAGCACAUUGUUUGUGGUGCUAAUCUAUUCUCUAUCCAGUUUGGGGUUUCCUGAAGAAAAAUAUCAAUGGGUUCAAGAUACGCAUCUCACCAGCUCAGCAAUGGGCUCUUUGUUUCUGGUCGGCCAGAGCAACCUAAAGAAAAGCCUCCAACAAUGAGCUCAGUAGCCAUGCCAUACACCGGGGGUGAUAUCAAGAAAUCAGGAGAAUUGGGGAAGAUGUUCGACAUUCCGACAGAUGGGACUAAGUCAAGGAAGUCUGGCCCCAUAACUGGAGGUUCUUCAAGAAGUGGUGCGCAAUCAGGUCCCGUGCCUAAUGCAACUGGUCGUAUGUCUGGCUCUUUAGCUUCUGCUGGGUCAAAUUCAAUGAAGAAAACAAAUUCUGGACCUUUGUCUAAGCACGGGGAGCCUUUAAAGAAAUCCUCUGGUCCGCAAUCUGGUGGUGUAACAAGGCAAAAUUCCGGCCCUAUUCCUAUACUCCCAACUACAGGUCUCAUAACAUCUGGACCAAUUACCUCGGGACCUCUAAAUUCAUCUGGGGCUCCUAGGAAAAUUUCUGGUCCUCUAGACUAUUCUGGUUCAAUGAAGACGCAUAUGAAUUCCGUUGUCCACAACCAGGCGGUAACUACCCUUGGUCCGGAAGAUGACUUUUCCUGCAUGAACAGCUUCCCCAAGCCUGUGAUGUGGCUGGUGAUCCUUAUAUUUGUAAUGGGAUUCCUUGCUGGAGGCUUCAUUCUUGGAGCAGUUCACAAUGCAAUUCUCCUCAUUGUUGUGGCGGUCUUGUUCACAGUUGUUGCUGCACUUUUUAUUUGGAAUAUUUCUUGUGAAAGACGUGGUAUCAUAGAUUUCAUCGCUCGUUAUCCUGAUGCUGAUCUUAGAACUGCCAAAAAUGGUCAAUACGUGAAGGUCACUGGGGUUGUCACCUGUGGUAAUGUGCCGCUUGAAUCAUCCUUCCAUAGAGUUCCCAGAUGUGUUUACACGUCUACUUGUCUAUAUGAGUACCGUGGAUGGGGUUCAAAGCCAGCCAGUGCUUCACAUCGUCGCUUCACAUGGGGUCUGAAAUCAGCAGAGAGGCAUGUGGUAGACUUCUACAUUUCUGAUUUCCAAUCUGGGCUCAGAGCAUUGGUCAAAACUGGAAAUGGUGCAAAGGUAACACCUCUCGUCGAUGAUUCUGUUGUCAUCGAUUUUAAGCCAGGAAGUGAGCAAGCCUCUCCAGACUUUGUAAGGUGGUUGGGUAAAAAAAAUUUAACCAAUGAUGAUCAAAUAAUGCGGCUUAAAGAAGGGUAUAUCAAAGAAGGAAGCACAGUAAGUGUGAUUGGAGUGGUUCAGAGAAACGACAACGUGUUGAUGAUAGUCCCAACUACAGAACCAUUAGCAGCUGGUUGGCAAUGGAGUAAAUGCACAUUCCCUGCAAGUCUUGAAGGAAUCGUAUUGAGAUGCGAAGAUUCAUCGAAUGUAGAUGCAAUUCCUGUCUGAUGCAGUAGUAGUAAGUCUUUUAUUUUUCUUCUUCCACGGUUGGUAGACGAAAAUCUCACUGUUCCACUUCGGCUUCAUCAAUAUUUUUCAUGAAAUCUGAAAUGUGUUCUUGGUUGGUGGCUUUUCGCUCUCUACUAAUGAUGAUUCCUUUGGUUGGUGGUUUUACAGUAGUGUUUUCUUUUUCUUUUCUCUUUUCCUUUAAUAUUUCUUUUUUUUUAUAUCAAGUUAUUAUUAUUACAUUAGGAUGAUAAUGGUGGAUGUGGAUUUCUUUUCUAUGACUUAAUUUGUGUUGUGGGGGCACUCUUCUUUGCCUGAUGGUUUGUAAUUGUAAAGCUCUUCUAGUUAUUCUUUUUCGACCGAAUUUGUGAUCUAAUAUAAUGGGAUUAUCUUCUUCGUUUGGAAUGUAAUUGAUCCUGUUGCAUGUUGAA